UUGCCCGCCGCGCGCCCGCGUCAUCAUGCACGCCGCAGCAGAGAGACAGUAGAGCCGCAGCCCGGAAAAGGACAGGAGCCUCUUAUAGCAACGGCGCUAGCCACCUCCAUGUGUGCGCUGCCACAAGGCUGAAGUGUCCGCGGAACCAACCUACAGAGUACGUCUUUUGUCUCCUCUAUUUCAAGACCACGGUAGACUACAUAUGGCGGGGACCGACGCGGAUAUGGCGACAUCCAGCCCCUGUGUUGUGAUCAGUGAUGAGGAGCAGGGGUAUGACCUGGACCUUUUCUGCAUACCAAAGCACUACUCCACCGACCUGGACAGGGUCUACAUCCCACACGGACUCAUCUUGGACAGGACAGAGAGACUGGCCAGAGAGAUCAUGAAGGAAAUGGGGGGGCACCACAUCGUGGCCCUCUGUGUGCUCAAAGGAGGCUACAAGUUCUUUGCAGACCUUCUAGACUACAUCAAGGCCCUGAACAGGAACAGUGACCGCUCCAUCCCGAUGACAGUGGACUUCAUCCGCCUCAAGAGCUACUGCAACGACCACUCGACAGGAGAAAUCAAAGUGAUCGGUGGAGAUGACCUGUCCACAUUGACAGGCAAGAACGUCUUGAUUGUGGAGGAUAUUAUCGACACAGGGAAGACAAUGAAGACGUUGUUGCAACUCCUCAAACAGUACAAUCCCAAAAUGGUUAAAGUAGCAAGUCUGCUGGUGAAGAGAACACCAAGAAGCGUCGGCUACCGACCCGAUUUUGUUGGAUUCGAGGUGCCCGACAAAUUUGUGGUGGGAUACGCGCUAGACUACAACGAGUACUUCAGAGAUCUAAAUCAUAUCUGCGUCAUCAGUGAGUCAGGGAAGGAGAAGUACAAGGCAUGAAGAGCACUUCGUCGUGAUUUUUAACCUUAGGUUAUAUCUCCCCUUUUGCUGUCCGUUUGAUAUUUUAUCACUUUAUAUUCGUGUCGUCAAAAAUAAUCGGCCUGCUCGGGGUCCCUGAGGACACAGCUGGAGUGAUCACUCUGUUUUUUUAGCAAACACAGAUUCAACCUUUGAGAGAAUUGAUUGCCUUUUAGAUGGAACCACGUCUGGGUGAACCAGCAUGGAGCCGAGCUUCGCCUGAAAUUAGUAUAAUGCUUCUAUGCCCCCACGCCGAUUCAUUCUUUUUUUAUUAAAGCAAUGAUGUAAUUUAUUCAGAGCAACGCUGAUGGCUUUAAGGACAAUAUUGUGCCACAUUGAUUUGACAACCUCUCAUGAAAUGAAAUAUUUUUUUAUUGUAAUUCUACUUUUACCUUUAACUAGUAAUAGCUGUUUAAUGGGCACUCUUAAAGAUGAUUUUACAUUUUCUUGACAUCUGUAUGCAUAUUUUGGGACAAAACACAUUUCUGUGCUAACGUGUGAGUCAUAAGAUUUUCUUAAGAUAGAUUGUGAUAGAAAGUAAAUGUUGGCUGUUGUCCCUAAUUACACACACAGAUGAUAUGAAGAAGAUGAAAUAUCCUCUUAUUUAUGAGUAUUAAUGUAAUCUUUGUCUUUUAUGUUACACAAAGAAGUUUGAUGCACGAAGGCUUUGUUCACACAGAUCUUACUUCUGCUGGAAAAUACGUAUAGUGUGCAGAUGUGUAAAUGUUCAAUGGAUACUUAAGUUUAAGUUAAAAGUUAUUCAAUCAUUUAAAAUACGUCAGUUGUAUUUACUUUUCAUUGAAUAAGAAACAAUUUAAAUAGAUGUAAACCAGUCGACUGAAUUUUUCAAUACCGGUCAUUAAAUGUUGACACGCCUCCUCUGACUACAGGAUUUCACUGCAUGCUUUGUGUACAAUAUUACACCAAAUACUUGUAACAUUGAAAUCAUCUGUGGCCAAUCAAUAUAUAGGAAAUACUUUCUGAGAUCAAAAGGUUUUACAGUUGACUGAAAUAAAUACCUGCUGGAUGCCAUUUUA